AUGGUGAGGCUCACUCGAAGUCAGGUCGCUGCUGGGCAAGACACAUCAAAGUCCGUCCCGGCCGCACCACCGCCAAAGACCCGGAAGCGACAGAGCGACGCGUCUGAUGAGGACUCGCCGCCUGCCAAGCGUCACGCAGCAACUUCGAAGCCCAGCACAAAAGCCACGAAGUCGAAGCCAGCACCAAGAGGCAAAGCGAAACCAGAGCCCAAGGCUGAACCAAAGAGCACUUCUCCAGAACCCAAAGCUGCCCAGCCCGCCAAGCCCGCCAAGAAAUCUGGAGCUGCGUCCAAGAAGACGGCACCGCCGCGAAAAUCCAUCGACGAGCUCAAGGCGCUACGUGAUGCCUACCAUGACGUUCCUGAUGUCAACCCCGAUCGACCGGCGCGCGACCCACCCGAUGCGCCCAUGUUCUGGCUCAUGAAAUCCGAGCCCGACGUUCGCAUCGAGGACGGGUACGAGAUCAAGUUUUCAAUCGAUGACCUUGGCGAGAGAAAGAUGCCCGAAGGAUGGGAUGGCAUACGCAACUACGUUGCUAGAAACAACCUGCGGCAGAUGAAAAAGGGCGACAAGGCCUUCUUCUACCACUCAAACUGUAAAGAACCAGGCGUUGUUGGCCUCAUGACCAUCGUGAAGGAACACUCGCCAGACUGGAACGCUUGCAUCAACGACAAUCCCUAUUAUGAUGCCUCGGCCCCUCACGACGGCAGCAAAUGGAGCCUCGUCCACGUGAAAAUUGAACACAAGUUCCCCGCCAUCGUGCCCUUGCGCUUGAUCAAGGAACUCCCUGUCGCGGCUGAGCGUCAAUAA